GUACAAAGAGCAGCGUAUAAGACGAUGAAGAGAGACACACAGUGAAGGUGAAUGGAAGAAUAAAACACGAGGGAUUGUGAACAAACAGAAAAAAAAACAGCACAUGUCGAGGGAACUGGAGUCACACCGAGGCAGCUGAGUCUGGCUCACAAUGAAAAGGAUCCAUUGCGGACUGCAGGCAGGAGCUGUGUGAAUGGAAGAGACUGUAGAUUUGUAGAUAGCGGAGACAGAAGUGCAGGGAAUGGUUGGGCUGCAUGGGCUCUGUUGUUGGCAUCGUUGCUGCUGUCCUACUCUGCUGCUGCUACCCUUCCCCCUGCGCGCUGAACCAGUUCAGCACGUACAGAUAUGAGCUCCAAACACUCAUCUGACUGGAUCCCUUACAGCACCUUGGAUGAUGAAGGCACGAACCUACGACAACAGAAGCUGGACAGACAGCGAGCUUUAUUGGAACAGAAGCAGAAAAAGAAACGUCAGGAGCCCCUGAUGGUGCAGUCUAAUCUGGACGGGCGCUCUCGAGUGCGCAGGACCCGGCAGUCAGAAGAACAGGCUCCCCUUGUGGAGAGCUACCUCAGCGGCAACAGCAGCACCAUCUACCACGUACAAGAAGCGGAACAGGAAGAAGUUAAAGCCGUAGCAGAGGUUCAGGCCCCUCGCUCGGCUAAAAAAACCAAGCUGCCUACCUCCACUCCUCAGACUGGCAGCGCCAAGAAGGAGAAAAAGGGCAAGCACAAAGGAAUUGAUGGGCCCGCUGCCUUCCAGGAUGAGGGUCAGGAGCUGGGCAACCAGAUUCAGAUCCUGACAGUGGGCCACUCACCUGCCCAGGAGAGCGAGGCAGAGUGCCAGGGUGAGGCAGUGGGCAGCACACAGUCACAGGGCAAACAGGACCUACGGGUCACCAUGCUGAAGAAAGGAAUCUCCAGUAGCAUGAACUUUGAUGAAGAAGAGGAUGAAGAUGAUUUGGUCAGCUCAAGUUCAUCUCAGCUCAACAGCAACACAAGACCUGGAUCUGCCACCAGCAAAAAGUCCAGCAAGGAGGCGACCUCAGCUUCCACCCCAUUGGCCAAUGAACCAUCCAUCGACCUAGAUGACCUAGAGGAGUUCAUUCUCAGACCCGCACCCCAAGGAGUGACUGUGAAAUGCAGGAUCACACGGGAUAAGAAGGGCAUGGACAGGGGCAUGUACCCCACCUACUACCUCCAUCUGGAGAGAGAGGAUGGCAAGAAGAUUUUCCUUUUAGCUGGGAGGAAGAGAAAGAAGAGCAAAACAUCCAAUUACCUCAUCUCCAUCGACCCUACUGACCUAUCACGAGGCGGCGAGAGCUUUAUUGGCAAACUGAGCUUUGUGUGCUACUUGGUUUACAAGCCAAUGGACAAUACGGAUUACAUUGUGAUGCAGUUUGGUCGUGUAGCAGAGGAUGUCUUUACAAUGGACUACAACUACCCCAUGUGUGCCCUGCAGGCGUUUGCUAUUGCUCUGUCCAGUUUUGACAGCAAGCUAGCCUGUGAGUAG